AUGUCAACUCCUCAAUAUUAUCAAACGAGAAGUAAAACAAAAAUUGAUAAAACAAUCAGUGAACUUUCAUCUGAUCUAUCAUAUACACAUCGAAUGGCAUCAUCACAUUCAGACCAAUUAACAACAACGUCUGAGAUUUCACAAUCGAUCAAUAACAAGCAAGCAGAAAAUCCAAUAUUGAAAUCGAAGAGUUCACAAUAUAAAGAAGAGAAUGUAUCAUUUAAUGAACAAUUUUCAAUAAUUGAUGAACAUCAUUCAGUCGAACAAUCGCCAUCAAUAUACCCUGCUCAACAAACAUUACCACCACAUGAUAUGAAAACCAUGUUAGGUCCAUCAUCAUCGUUUACCAACACUGAAGAAACCCUUCGUUCAUCUGUUUCGUCAAUAAAUCCACAAGGAUUAGAAUUACCAACAAACACAUCAUCAAUCCCGCAACGUUUACAAUUAAAUUCAAAUAUGAACAGCGAACGAAAAUUAUAUAAGUUAGAAUACACAUCAUUACAUCAAUUAUCACCAACUACAACGUUUGAUCAAAAUGAUCGUUUAAAAUUAGAAGUUGAACGAUUAACAAAAGAAUUAGAACUGAUAAAAAUUACAACAAUCUCAACAACAAUCAAAUAUACGUGCAUUUCAUUCUGA